AUGAUUUCCGAUCGAAUUCACAAGAGCUGGGUCACCAAAAUCGUCAAGCAGACCUCCUUCCUCCAGAAAAAAUACAACUCCGCGGACUGUCGAAAAUACGGAAACCCGAAUCAAAGUGAUGUCAGCGAUAAAUGGCGAAACCGAGCGCAUAGAAAAUUCGAUACAUUGGAACUUCGCGUCUGCAAGCACCUGUACAAGGGACUUGUGAAGACGAAAGAGACGGACAAUCCGUACAAGGACAACUCCGGAUGCGACUCGAGCUUAUUCAAGGAAAAAGUCAAGGACGAAAAGAGACGACUCAAACAGGAAGAGAGAUUAGAAGCGAAAGGCAAAGGGCGCUAA